UAAGUGCUUGGCUAACGGAGGUAUGCAGAAGUUCCACUAAUCAUCACAUUUUGUUGAUUUUCAUGCAGUUUUACACAUUUCUUGAAACAUCCCUUGUUACUUUGUCAUUAUUGCCAUACUUCUUAGCUUUUUUCUCCGAUGGUGAUAUAACUGGAACACCAGGCAGCCUUGCAGCAAUUUUUGUAACAUUUAUUCUGAAUUUAACAUUUUCUCUGAGUGUUAUGGGUUUUCUGAUAUUGCACAUAUCACUUGUAGCAGCCAAUACCACGACAAUAGAGGCAUAUGAGAAGAAAACCACCCCGAAGUGGCAUUUUGAUCUUGGUCGCAGAAAGAACUUCGAGCAGGUAUCUUCUUCUCAACUUAUUGGCUUCUUCCUUGCGAACAUUCAAUUAUUGAUGGUAUAACUAUCUGUUGUUGCCCCACAGCUAGACGUUUGUUUUCUUAUUGAUGUCCUUAUUUAGUUAUAACCUACCCGAGGUUUGAUACUCUCUCUCUACCAAAGUUUCUUCCUCUAGUAGGUACCCCACUGCUCUCAGCUUACAGAACUCCCUUAC